GUUUCGGAAUGAUCUACGUGGGCAAACAGGUAGCCUGUUACAGAUGUCGAAGCGACUUCAUCACCCGCAUGGCGGAAGAGGGAGGAACCCAAGCCGACGUGGUUGCUGGUGAAGAAACGGAGAGACGAACAAUCCCUGCGCGGCCGAAAGCGCGUCCUCCUUUCCCCCGAGUUCCUCCAGGCCUCACCGGUCCCUUCCUCCUCCUCCUUCCCCAUCUCCGACGCGCGCUGAUCCUCAGCCGCCUUCUGCCGUACCUGGGCGGCCUCGGAGCAGCGCAGACGCAUCCUUGACAGGCGCCCGCUCGCCUCGCCACCUUCCCAACUGCGCCACUCGCGGCGUCGGCGGCUGCUGCUGCUGAGCGAGCGGCCAGGCGGCGACAGCAGCGGCAGCCCCGUUCUCUUUCCAGACCUCCUCCAGGCAUUGGCGGCUUCCGCUGCCUGUCCUCGGCUGGCCCCGUUUCUACAGGGAGAGGGGAGAGGCGCUUGCAGCCAGCGUCCCGCCUCCUCCUCCCACUCCCAUCCCGCCUCUCUCAAGCGACUCGCGCUGAGAGGUAAAUACAAGCAGGAUCUCAAAAUGGCGGAGCUGCCGAGUCCCGUACGAGGUGCGAUGGUGCCGCCGCCGCCGCCGCAGCAAGAGCCCUUCGGUGCCAGCCUGGGAGCGGAGACCAGGACCGCCCAACGCGGGUUCCAGCCGUCUGCCAAGCGCGUGAAGGGGCCAGAAGAGCGGGGCCUCAAGGGCCCUAAGCGCGUGAACGGAGAGGGCGGCGGUGGUGGUAACAGGCAGCCGCCGCCGCCGCCGCACACCCCGGUGGCGCCAACCUCGGGAGGUCACGGCAGUCCUGCCGUGUGGAGCUUCACGGCGUUUUCCCCAGGAGCCUGUGGGGCUGGGACGACCACAAGCGCCGGCGGGUCAUUCCUUUUCCCUCCUCAACUCCCCCACGCGUUGCUGCUGCCGCCGCCGCCGCCGCCCUCUUCCCACUCCCACCACUGCUCUGCCGCGGCUGUGGAGGGAGGAGGAGGAGGAGGGAGCAGCAGCAGCAGUAGCAGCAGCGGUGCCAGCAGCAAGACCAAGAGGCCCAAGGAAAAGCGGGACAAGGAGAAGAGGAAACUUGGGGCCCUGCCUGUCCCGGGGGCAGCCAUGGGGGGAGCAGCAGCGGCAGGCGGAGGAGGCCUGAGCCCAGCGGGUCGCGAGGAGAACGGCGACGUGAAGCUGCUGUUGCAGCAGCAGCAGCACCAGAAAGAUCAAAUUGUCAGAGACCGAAUCACAGAAAGGGACAAGGAAAAGCAGAAGGAAAAGAAGAAACACAGGUUAAUGUCUGACAUCAAGAAAGAGAAUGGAGAAAUGAAAUUAUUUCAGAAAAGUGUGAAGGAAAAACCAAAAACCAAUGCAGAAGAUCUACAGAUUAAAAAAGUAAAGAAGAAAAAGAAAAAGAAACAUAAAGAGUGUGAAAAAAGGAAGCGUCCAAAAAUGUACAGUAAAUCUAUUCAGACGAUCUGCUCAGGAUUGCUUUCUGAUGUUGAGAAUCAAGGCGCCAAAGGCAUCGUUGAUAAUCAUCUUAAACAUUUCAGUGGGAAAAAUCUGGAUCCCAAGAAGGACUCUGAGUACAAGAUACCAGAGAACAGUGAGUUUCCAUUUGUCUCGUUAAAGGAGCCACGGGUUCAAAAUAAACUCAAAAGGUUGGACACGGAAUUCAAACAGUUCAUUCAUAUUGAGCACCAGCCUAAUGGAGGUGCUUCAGUUAUCCAUGCCUACAGUAAUGAACUCUCCCAGUUGUCUCCUGUGGAGAUGGAGAGAUUUGCAGAAGAAUUUGUGGGUCUGGUUUUUAGUGAAAAUGAAAACUGCGCAGCUUACUAUGUAAUGGGUAUUGUUCAUGGGGCAGCUACUUAUUUACCUGACUUUUUAGACUACUUUUCAUUUAAUUUUCCCAAUUCACCAGUGAAAAUGGAGAUUUUGGGAAAGAAAGAUAUAGAGACAACAACUAUGUCGAAUUUUCAUGCUCAGGUAAAAAGAACAUAUUCCCAUGGUACAUAUAGAGCUGGCCCAAUGAGACAAAUCAGCUUGGUUGGAGCAGUGGAUGAGGAAGUGGGGGACUACUUUCCCGACUUCCUUGAUAUGCUGGAAGAUUCACCUUUCUUAAAAUGUACUUUGCCAUGGGGGACACUUUCUAGUCUGAAAUUAGAAAGUCGUAAAGAUAGUGAUGAUGGUCCAAUCAUGUGGGUACGUCCCGGAGAACAAAUGAUCCCUGUGGCAGACAUGCCAAAGUCACCUUUCAAAAGGAAAAGAACUACCAAUGAAAUAAAAAACCUGCAGUACCUACCUCGUACUAGUGAGCCUCGUGAAAUGCUUUUUGAAGAUAGGACACGAGCCCAUGCAGAUCACAUAGGACAAGGUUUUGAACGACAGACUACAGCUGCUGUAGGAGUAUUAAAGGCAGUGCAUUGUGGAGAGUGGCCUGAACAACCUCGUAUAACCAAAGAUGUAAUUUGCUUUCAUGCGGAGGAUUUCUUAGAGGUGGUUCAACGAAUGCAAUUAGAUCUGCAUGAACCUCCACUUUCACAGUGUGUCCAGUGGGUUGACGAUGCAAAACUUAACCAGUUACGAAGGGAAGGCAUUCGAUAUGCCAGAAUUCAGUUGUACGAGAAUGAUAUUUAUUUUAUUCCAAGGAAUGUUGUGCACCAAUUUAAGACAGUUUCAGCUGUGUGCAGUUUGGCUUGGCAUGUUCGGCUCAAGCUGUACCACUCAGAGGGAGAAAAUCAAAGCAUCCAUGAAAAAGGCCCACCAACAGAGCCUGCUUCUGUAGUUCUAGGACUUCAAGCUGACAAUGUAAUCCAUUCAGCAUACAAAAAUUCCUCUGAAGACACCAAAUUUUUAGGCAGCCUGCAAACUAAAUGUAUAAAACAGGAAUUUUCACGCACACAACAUGAACCCACUGCAUCUCACCGAAGUAAAGAGGAACCAUUUACUGUUAAUCUUCCUGAAAAGACAAUGGCACCAAAUCCUAUGGAAUGUCAGAAUGUUAAAGUACAGCUGGAUCAUGUUCAAUUGACAGGAUGUAAGUUUGAAACUGACUCUGAAUUUGAACCUGAUGACAAAGACUCACAAGACAGCUUGUGCCUUGGGAGUCUUGUGAAUCUAGAGGAUACAAGACAAAGUGGUUCAGCAUAUCCAAGUCUGCAUGGCAAACAAGAAGAUGACUUUUUGUGUUGAAGUUGCUGUAUAUAUGUGUUUUUAAAUUCCUUUUUAAACAUAAUGACAUAAUAAUGUAAAGAUGCUUAAAUUGUGUGAGGCAAGUUUGUUACUUGUCCUCACAUCUGUUACAGAAAAUAGUUUAUGUAGCUUUGUAACAUUCCUCAGUGCCUGUCCAUAACUGUGAAAGUAUCAAAGCACUUAGGGCCAGAUGCACUGUAAACACUGCAGGUGUAACAUAAAGAAGUCUUUAAAUAUGAGUUGUAGGUUUUAGAGUAGAGCUGACAUUUAACAUAUAUUUUUUGUAAGAUGAGCCAGAAUUCUUUUUGACAAUUCCAGGCUUUUCCAUAGAGCUUAUUUAUACCAAUUUUUUUUCUUUUUAAUGUCAGCACUGUAGUGUACAUAGCUUUUUUUUAAAAAAAGAAAAAUCUUUUUAGUGUGAUUUAUAUUGAAAUGUGAGCCACUUAAUAAAGGUUCAUAAUAACAACAA